UUAGGCAAUGUUAACUCUUCUUCACUAAACAUUCUAUUGAAUAAGUAACAUCUCACUUGUUGGUCAUUAGUCACAACAAUUCGUUUCUCAAUGUUAAUUUUAUCAAUAUCAUUAGUUUUAUCAUGUACAGCAUUAAAAAAUGUCAAGUCGUCACAAUUACCAUGGGAGUGCCAACUAUUUUGUAAUGUUGUUUGACAAAUGUGGGAAACAAAUGUUAAAAAAAUCUGCUGUACCAACUGUAUUUAAUUUUCCAAAUAAUUUAACACCAAAAAUAAAAGAAAGAAGAAUUCUGCAACGAGAAGACACAGCCACAACAACAGCCGUUCAUAAUAGUGAAAUUUGUGAAACUGGAACCAAUUUCGUCGACAUUAGCGUACACACAAAAUUAACAGGAGAAGAAUUAGAUAAAACAUUACAGGAUUUACGUCGAGACAAGAGGAUUUUGCAGCAGAAAUUAAUUAGAAGAGAUAAGCGAGUAAGUAGUAUGCGUGAAAUGUUUAAAAUCUUCUAACUCUAAAUUUACAACUUGUUAUUUUAUUCCCAACAUACAAAUCCUCGCAACUUCCUUUACAUUUAUAUAACAAAUGUAGGA